AUGGGUUCACUUUCUUUCGGAGAAGAUGGCGGCGGUGGAAUUGCAGGGCGGCUGCCCGUGGCGCAUCGCCUGAACCCGUGCUCUCCGUACGCAGGCGCUAAGAGCCAAGGCGAGCCCUCAGAGUCGGCGGCCGACGUCCUCCGCCGCGACGCCCUGGGCCUCCGCUCGCUCUACGGGGACUCUGGCUCGGCGUCGGACGUGACGAUCCCUAGCACCGGCAGCCCUCUCGUGGCUUACCCGGGCGCGUCUGAGUACCACGUCGUCGUCGGCUACGGCACGCCGCUGCAGAGGCUCGCCGUCGGGUUUGACACGGCCAGCAGCGGCGUCUCCCUGCUGGCAUGCAAGCCGUGCGCCGCCGCCGGGGCGUCGUGCAACAAGGCCUUCGACCAGUCCCGCUGCACGUUCUCCGUCAGCAAGAACGACACCGUGGUGCUCAACGGCACGGUCGUCACGGACACGCUCGCGCUCUCCGGGUCGACCACCAUGCAGGGCUUCAGGUUCGCGUGCCUGGAGACGGGCUACGCCGGAAGUUCCAGAACUGUCGACGACACCCCGUCCGGCGUCCUCGACCUCAGCCGGGAUAUCCACUCCCUGGCGUCGCGGGCGCCUUUCUCUCCGGACACGGUGGCCUUCUCGUACUGCCUGCCGUCGGACACGACCUCACACGGCUUCCUCUCCAUCGCCGCCGCCCGGCCGGAGCUCUCGGGCCGCUUCGUGAGCUACGCCACCCUGCGGACCAGCCCCGCCCGCCCCAACCUGUACUUGGUCCAGCUCACCGCGAUAAGCGUCGGCGGGAAGGACAUCCCGGUCCCGCCCGCGGGGCUCGCCGGCGACUCGCUGAUCGCGCUCCGUACGACCUUCACCUACCUGAGGCCGGACAUCUACGCGGCCCUCCGCGACGCGUUCGUCGGGCAGAUGAGCCGGUACCGCCACCGCCGCGCGCCGCCGGUGGGGGAGCUCGACACGUGCUACGACUUCGCCGGCCUGCGCUCGGUUUUGCUGCCGGCCAUCGCGCUCCAGUUCGACGGCGGGGCGAGCAUGUACCUUGACAUCGAGCACGUGUUCUACCUCGAGGAACGCCACAGCAUCUUCGCCGUGGCGUGCCUCGCGUUCGCCGCGGCGACGGCCUACCCUGUAGGGUCCGAGGCGCCCGUCGCCGUUAUCGGGACAUUGGCACAGGCGGCGACCGAGGUGGCGUACGAGUUGCACGGCGGGAAAGUCGGGUUCGUCCGCGGCAGCUGCUGA